AAAAAAAAAAAAAUUUUCUCGCAGUUCUUGAAAUUUAUGUUAACUUCUUUGUAGCCAUUCAACAUACCUAAAUAGGACUUGAACUGAACUGAAGAAGUGAUAAACCUAAAGUUCUGUUGUUUAUUAUUUGGUAUAAAAAAUGAAUAGUAUUGGUGAAGAGUGUACAGAGCUCAAAAAGAAAUAUGACGAUUGCUUCAACAAUUGGUUUUCUGAAAGAUUUUUGAAAGGAGAUCAUGAUGAUUCAGUGUGCUCUGGUAUAUUUAAAGUUUACCAGGAAUGUGUUAAGAAUGCAAUGAAGCAACAAAAUCUAGACUUCAAAGAAAUUGAUAAAGAUGUGUUAGGAACAGACAAUGAGUAUAAAGUUCCACCUUCAGAUAGCAGCAAUAGUUGACAAAAACCAAGCUUGAUGUGCGCCUUCAAUCCAGUUAUAUGUUGGAAUAUUUUUAGUGGAAAAAUUGCUGAACAUCCGGAGUCAAAUAAGCUACAGUACAAAAAUGAAAAUCCAACAAAAGCCUAAAACAUAGCCAGUCACAGUAUGCAAUAAGGAAGCUGGUGAAUGAUAUCAUUUUAAGCUUAUUUAUUUAUAAUACUAAAUGCAAAAUUUCACAAGUGUGUGUAUUUAUUACAUCAUCCAUGUGUAACUAUCAAAUACAGAGACUAUUGGUUAAUUUAUAGGCAAUCCAUUGUUUGUGUCAUGGAGGUAAUACCUCCAUGGUUUGUGUAGUUUCCCUUGUAUGCAUUAUGUACAAAUAAGUUGUAUGAAAACUGAUUCACGCUUAUAUGCAUUUACUAUUGUAAAUAGAAUGAUUCUUUUUAUUUAAAUGCAAGCACCUGUUGUUAUUGUAUAAUAGAGUAUUAGAUGUUA